CCAGACAAAACUGCUCCAAAUGGAUUUAUUGCUCAGGAGGUUGUGUGGAAUAAACUGGAGAGGAUUGAACAGACCUUAAACAAGCUGGCAAUGCUGAUAGAAGCAUCUGGUCAAAAAAAUCAACUUUUACCAAAUGUGGACCAAGAAAAAGAGAAGAUUGUGGUGCCAAAGUUAUAUCCAAACUCCUUCCUGUUUGAAAAGUGGGGCGAUAACCUGCCAGAAGAGGAACAGAAGAUGGCUGAAGGUCUGUUUAAGAUUUACGGAUACAAUGUCUUCCUGAGUAACCAGCUGCCAUUAGACAGGAAGCUUCAAGAUACAAGAGACAACAGAUGUCUGACAAAGAAUUAUCCCAAAGACCUGCCAACCAUCAGCGUGGUACUGAUCUAUAUGAACGAGGCUCUUUCUGUCAUUAAAAGGGCUAUACGAAGUAUUAUCACCCACACUCCAAAGCACCUGCUGAAGGAAAUUAUUUUGGUGGAUGACUAUAGCACUUACAAUGAUCUUGGACAACCAUUAGAAGAUUACAUAGCUCAAAUUCACAAUGAAAGGCCUGGACUCAUAAAGAAAGUGUGGCAUAAGCGACAGAUGGGUUUGUCCCAGUCCCGGAUCUCAGGUUGGGAGCAUGCUACAGCUGAUGUUGUGGCCAUUUUGGAUGCUCAUAUUGAAGCCACAGUGGGAUGGGCAGAACCUCUGCUGGCCAGGAUUAAAGCCGACAGGACAGUGGUGGUGUCCCCUGUGUUUGAUAAGGUCCAUUUUGAUGACCUUCAUGUGGAAAGAUAUAUCCCAGCUUCUCAUGGCUUUGACUGGGCUUUGUGGUGUAUGUAUGAAUCCUUCCGGCCAGAGUGGUUGAAGAUGGACGAUGAAUCGCAGCCUGGGAAGAGUCCCUCUGUCAUGGGAAUCUUUGCAGCAGAUAGAGGCUUCCUUGGUGAAAUUGGUGGGCUUGAUGGUGGAAUGACAGUUUACGGGGGAGAAAAUGUUGAACUCGGGAUUCGUGUAUGGCUAUGUGGAGGAAGUGUAGAGGUCGUGCCUUGCUCAAGGAUAGCUCACAUCGAGAGGGCACAUAAACCGUAUGCACCUGAUCUCAGCUCUGCCAUGAGGAGAAAUGCCUUGAGGGUUGCAGAUAUCUGGUUGGAUGAUUACAAGAAGAACGUAUUCAUUGCCUGGAAUGUUCCUUUUAAGAAUCAUGGAAUCGAUAUUGGCGAUGUGUCUGAGAGGAAGAAGAUUAGAGAAAAGCUGAAAUGUAAACCUUUCAAGUGGUACCUGGACAAUGUUUAUCCAAGUCUGGAAUCAUGGGAUAACCUCUUGGGUUAUGGUGUGCUGCGGAACACCCUUCUUAUGAGGCAAUGUGUGGACCAAGGUGCUGAUCCAGGAAACAUCCCCAUCCUAUAUGAAUGCCACUUCCAGCAGCCACAGCAUUGCUACUUCAACACAGAUGGUGAACUCAUCAUUGGGUGGAUUAAAUCUCAUAAAUAUAACAGCAACCGCUGUCUGGUUGACCCAGGCUCUGGCGGUACUCCUAUUCUUGAGGAGUGUUGGAUGGCAAAAGCAAACAACUUACACAUGCACUGGGACUUUAAACAAGGCCAAGCGAUCAGGAACAAAGCAACAAACAGGUGUCUUGAGGUCACACAGGAAGGAAACUAUGGGAUCAUCCUUCAGCAGUGCAGUGGACAGAGCUGGAGGAUUGAGCAUCCCAUCACAAGUGUUUAAGUUUGGUGCUUACACCGAAUUCAUUGUGUAAUAACAAAGGAUAAUGUAAAAAAUUGAGAUCUGAAGGUGACAGCAGGGGAAGCCCAAUUCUUUUCUGGGCUGUGUUUAUGACUCCCUGUAGAGCUGUCUGCUGCUGGUUGACCCAGCUGGGAUACCAUAUUGUAAUAGAGAAUGUCCAUUCACUCUCAGUCAGGGCUGCUGCUAGCUAAUUUAGUGCCCUAAGCGUAACUGCUUUGUGCUGUGCCCUUUAUUUGAUCACACACUGUGGCCUACACUGUAUAUUUAUUCCUAACCCAACUUCUACCGCUAACCUGCAGCUCUUCCAUCCACACUCAUUCCCCACAGCUGUAUUCCCCAACGGAAUUACUUACACUACUUGUUAUGG